AUGAGUACGGCGGUCCAAGGUCUCGAUGCAUCCAUGCGUGCCCCCAUUGCCGCCUCUGGCUCUGGUGGGAGACGCCCCGAUCGCGGCAAUGGUGGUCGGCGUCCACCUGAUCGGGGCCCGGGCAAGGUGAUGAAGAAGAAGAAGAAGGCGAAGUACUGCCCGGCUUGUCGAAGAUGGGGACACAACCUGGAGGACUGCCGUAUUUCCGGCGGUCUUCUUCUCUCAAUGACAAGGGUCCUCGCUACUGAAAGUACCCGCCCUCAGACCAGGGUCCUCGCUACUGGAAGUAGCCGCCCUCCGGUCCAUGCUCGGCGCCAUCCCCUGGGCCCGCGGCAGCAGCGCCCUCAUAUGGAGGGACCUAACUCGCGGGAACAUCCCGAGGCACGGCGGCUGGCACAGCGGCUUGAACAGCAGCCGCAGCCGCAGCAAGAGCAGCAGGGACGCCAGGAGCAGGCUCCCCAAGAGCAGCGCCCCCAGCCCUCAGCAGAGUUGCCAACGCAGCCGGCUUGUCAGGAUUCCAAUCGCCUGGAAUGGGCUGAUGAAAUGGAUCUCGACGAUUGA